GGUGCUGAGGCGGCCAUGCCGGCGCCGCUGCCCGCCCGCCGCGCGCCCCCGGUCCCGCCCCCGGUCCGCCGCCCGCCGCUCGCGCGGAAACGCCUGGGCCGCGCGCGCCGCCAGGGGGCCGCGGGCGUCGCGCUGCGGAAAUGGCGGACGGGGCCUGGCCGCGACGUCUGGCGCGACUACGUCGCCUCCUUCGCGGCCGCGGGGCUGGUGCCGGCGCCGGGCGGGCGGGGCCGAGGGCGGGCCGUGGCGGCGGCGGCCCAGUCCCCGGAGCCGGAGCCCUCGGUCGCGGUGCAGGUCACGGAGAGCUCCGCGGCGGUGCUGCUGCUGCCGGAGCAGCGGCUGACGUUCACCGGGAGAUGCCGCCUGCGCUGCCUGCAUGGCUCGGCCCGCGUGCUGGGCUUCGCCGUGACGCCGGAGCAGCCGGCCUACGACCUCUUCUCGCCGCUCACCCACUGCGCGCUCAGCGUGGAGGCGCUGCGCCGCGCCGGGCCCGCCCGCCCCCGGACCCGGGCCCGCAAGGAGGCGCGCGCCGCGCUGCGGGACCACGGCGUGCCCCGCGAUGCAAGGCGUAAGCUCAUGGAGCGAUUUGCCCCUGUGUGUUCAGUGGUGCUGUUGGAGCGUCUGGAUACCCCAGUGACAAGAUUCAUCCUUAGCUACCCAGAUUUCUCCCACCUCUUCAGGGCAAAGAAACAAAGAGUACCUUGCUUCAUACCAGAGGAUGCAGCUCUAGCUUCUGUUGGCAUUUUAAAAUGUGAUCCUGAGAGUGGCCUGCUUGUGUCAGAGAGUACCAUCCUGGCGAUUGAAGAGUUAGUCCAAGCAUGUCGUGAGGAAAAUGAUGGUAUCCCUGUCAUUCUGGUGUGUGGUCCAAAAUGUGUUGGAAAGUCAACAUUUAACAGAUACCUUAUUAACCUGUUGCUGAAUCACCUCCCCUGUGUUGAGUAUUUGGAGUGUGAUCUGGGACAGACAGAGUUUACACCACCUGGCUGCGUGUCCUUAAUGAACAUAUCAGAUCCUUUUCUGGGUCCUCCAUUCACUCAUCAGCGAACGCCACGUAAAAUGGUCUAUUAUGGAGAUGUUAGUUGUGAUCAGGAUACUGAGCGAUACAUUGAUACAGUGAAAUAUGUGUUUAAUUCCUACAAGAAGGAAGUGCCUUUAGUCAUCAAUACCAUGGGCUGGGUGAAAGGUGUUGGAUUGCUGCUGCUGAUUGAUAUCAUUCGACUGCUGUCACCAAGUCACAUUGUUCAGAUUUCAGCAGAAGACUUUAAGGAUAUGCCUCAGUUUACCCCAGAGUAUAUUCAUCUCACUGCUGGCCUGCACACUAAAGGCAAACUGCAAGCCACAUGCAAGAGCAUGGAUAUGGGUGGAACAGAGAAUUGGCAGCCCUGUGAAGGAGAGAGAGACUUUCAGACAUCAACUCCAGGGCAUAAAUUAUUGUGUGUUAAACCAAAGUUUCCUGGAGCAGGUGAUGCUGCCAAGGCACGGGUCCAUAGCAGUAUCCUACGGGAUAUGGCAAUGUUGGGUUACCUUGGACAGCUGCAGCCCCUGGAAACAAGAUCAGUGCUUCCUUUACACAGUCUGGUCCCCUAUCAGGUACCAUUUAGUGCUGUUGCACUCAGGGUUAUUCACACAGAUGUGGCUCCUAAACACAUCAUAUAUUCAGUGAACGCUAGCUGGGUCGGUCUCUGCAGGAUACCUGAUGAGGUCAGAUGCCAAACUGAUGGGCCAGUCUUGCUGACACAGACACCAGUCUGUGAUUGUCUGGGCUUUGGAAUUGUUCGAGGAGUUGAGAUGGAGAAGCAGCUUUACCAUAUUCUGACUCCAGUGCCUCCUGAAAACCUGAGAGUAGUGAACUGCCUGUUGCUUGGGAAUAUUGCCAUUCCCAGCUGUGUCCUCCUGAACCAGCAGGGCAUCGAAGGGGAGAUCCCAUAUGUUACUUCUGAAUAUAAUUACCAAAUUUCAGGAGCGGGGAAGCUGAAAGUGAAGAAACACCUCCAGAGAAGAGAAUAUAGCAGGCCAUAGUCCCUCCUCCAAGCCUUCCAUUGCAGCACUUCCUUCACUAAGAGGCAAGUCACGUUCCCAGGAACUUGACCCACUCCUGGAAGACCCUGCCGCACAGACUGUAUGAGGAAGAUGGAGUGUCCAGUUGGGAUGUUAUGUUUUCCUUCCAAUGUUGUUCUUUUAUAUUUUUAUUAUGUACUUCUGUGUUUUAUAGUAAACCUCUAUUAAAAACA